AAAGGCGAUCGUGAGUGGGUUAGGAUUUGUGUUAGGCUUGCGAUCUCAUUUUCUUCUCUGCUCCUGAGACCAAUAUAGAGUUGAUAUCCAGGACGAGGAAAGGCUGCGGUGCUCCGAGGAGCUGCCUCUCAAGAGUGCUGUCGGACCAGGGACUUAGCUCAGUGGUUCCGCCGCCUGCCUCGAAAGCUUAAGGUCCCGAGUUCGAUCCCCGGUACCAAAAAAAAAGAGUGCUGUCAAGUUCGCGGGCCGGGCCAUAAAGGUGAGCCAGACUGUCUUCCAGAGCUUGAGACGCAGCGCCCCCUCCUCCCCGCAGGCUUUCAUCCUCGCCAUGGCUGAACUGAUCCAAAAGAAGCUGCAGGGAGAAGUGGAGAAAUAUCAACAGCUGCAGAAGGACUUGAGUAAAUCCAUGUCCGGCAGGCAGAAGCUUGAGGCACAACUAACGGAAAAUAAUAUCGUGAAGGAGGAACUGGCUCUCCUGGAUGGGUCCAACGUGGUCUUUAAACUGCUGGGUCCCGUGCUGGUCAAACAGGAGCUGGGGGAGGCUCGGGCCACAGUGGGGAAGAGGCUGGACUACAUCACAGCCGAAAUUAAGCGAUAUGAAUCCCAGCUUCGGGACCUGGAGCGGCAGUCAGAGCAGCAGAGGGAGACCCUUUCUCAGCUGCAGCAGGAGUUCCGGAGGGCCCAGGCUUCGAAGGCAGGGGCUCCUGGGGAGGCCUGACCCCAUGGUUGGGGGGAGGGGAGGGGAGGGGAUGAGGGAGCUCCUGGGUCUGUACUGUAGUAGGUAAUAAAAUGUAAAAAUGUUGGGCUG